AUGAGCCCUGAAUACAAGUGCUUCCGAAAGGAUAGAAGUAAUUCAAAUAUUGAAUGCGUCAUGGGUGGAGGGGUCCUAAUUGCAGUAAGAAAGGAUAUAGACGGGGAUGAAUUUUUCAUGGAUGAAACCAAAGAUCUCGAAGCCAUCUGUGUUCGCGUUUCAUUGACAAACAGCAGUUUAUAUUUGAAUUGUCUUUAUAUUCAACCUACUGCCCCAAUCGAAACUUACAUUGAUCACCUCAGAGCUAUUGAUAAAAUCGAAGAUUCAAUGUCACUGGGUGAUAUAUCUUUGUACUGCGGAGACUGGAACUUGCCUAACACAAAAUGGAUCAAUGAUGAAGAUGGAUUGGGACUUAUGCCAAUCAUUGGGGAUUCGGAGUGUGCCAAGGCAAUUGUCACUAGGCGGGUAACAGAUCAUUUACUGAAUAGAGGCUCAUCGCAAUUGUGUAAUCUAACCAAUAAAUAUGGUAAUGUUCUUGAUCUGAUACACACCAAUAUGCCGGAACUCUCAUUGGUUGAAAAAGCUGAUAUGUUAAUCAUCCCAGAGGAAAUUUCCGAUGCUGCCCAUGUCCAAAUCGCAGUGACAAUUGAAUGUGAGCCUGCACUGGGCAAUUCCAAUACUUCAACAAAAUCAAUCAAUUGCUUCAAGAAAGCAAAUUUCGAGGAAAUGCGCAAUUUCUUCGGUGCAAUCGACUACAGUUACUUAUACAAUAUGCUUGAUAUCAACGAAAUGGUAGACAGUCUGUAUGCCAUUCUUUAUGAUGCCAUUGACAAAUUCGUGCCGAAAGCGUCGAUUAGAUCGAAUAACAAACCGAUAUGGUAUGACAAUAAGCUCACUAACUUAAAAAAUGUAAUGAGUCGCCAAUACAAGAAAUUGGGCAAUAAACCAAAGGUGAAUCGAGAUGCAGAUGAAGGUGAUUUUAAACGAGCUCAAGCUGACUUCUGCGAAUACCAGAAAAUUCAUUAUCAUGAGCAUAUCAAAGACAUAUCCAACUGUUCAAAGAGCGAUCCGAAACGUUUUUGGAAAUACAUUAACGGCAAGCGAACCAGCAAUACCAUUCCAAAAAAAUUGUCAUAUGAGGGUACAACUGUAACGGAGGAUCGGGAGAAGGCAAAAAUGUUCGCCAAUUUCUUCUCAUCAGUUUAG